CAGUUGUGUACCACUCCCACCCACGCCCCCAAGAAAAGGGUAUACACGACACCAAAAAGGUCGAUUUCAGAAAGCCAGACUCUCAGGCACAUGGGAAAUCAGGUGUAAUUCCAAGGGGGUACCCCGUUCCCUGAGAACAUCUUAUUCCUCUAACCGCCUUUAAAGGAGCGCUGAAUUUAGAGUUAGAUCUACAGUUACUGGCACUGCCCCUUCCUAGAUAUGUGCCCUUGGAUCAUGCCUUAAUCUUUCUCAGCCUCAGUUUCCUGGUCUGUCAAAGGGAGUUGAGGAGGAUGAGGAUUGUGCUUUUCUGACGAGUGUUGUUUGUGGGGAGCGACUCCGAUAAUGAAUGGUACCUGGGCAGGUGUCUAUUAGUUGUGAAGGGCUGUAUCGUUGUCAUGUGGUAUUGUUACUCUUCUCUUUCCCUCCCAGGUACCCCCCCGGCCGCCCUCUUCCUUCCCUUGUUCCUGUGGCUGGGGGGGGCCCCCCCCUCCCUCGACACCAUGGAGCCGUCAUCCCUGUCUCCCAGUGGGGCAGCACUUCCCCUGCCCCUACCGGUGGCCCAGCCUCCACUGCCAGCGGCUGCAGUGGUACACGUGUCCUUUCCCGAGGUCACCAGUGCCCUCUUGGAAUCCCUCAACCAGCAGCGGCUCCAGGGCCAGCUCUGCGACGUGUCCAUUCGCGUGCAGGGCCGCGAGUUCCGGGCUCACCGUGCCGUUCUGGCCGCCUCCUCCCCUUACUUCCACGACCAGGUCCUACUCAAGGGCAUGACGUCCAUCUCACUGCCCAGCGUCAUGGACCCCGGGGCCUUCGAGACCGUCCUGGCCUCUGCGUACACUGGCCGCCUCAGCAUGGCCGUUGCUGACAUUGUCAAUUUCCUCACCGUGGGCUCCGUGCUCCAGAUGUGGCACAUCGUGCACAAAUGCACCGAGCUCCUCCGCGAGGGCCGGGCCUCGGCCGCCUCCGUGACUGUCCCCGGUGCUGGGGGCCCCGCAGGGAGUGUGGGCACCGUGGCCCCUGCCACCGCGGGCUCCGUGCGCUCCCAUGCGUCCAGUCAGGCCAGUGAGAACCAGUCUCCCAGCAGCAGCAACUACUUCAGCCCCCGGGAGUCCACGGAUUUCUCGGCUUCCUCCCAAGAGGCGUUUGCAUCCUCUGCCGUGGGCAGCGGGGAGCGGCGCGGAGGUGGCCCUGUGUUCCCAGCCCCCGUGGUUGGCAGUGGAGGGGCCACCUCUGGGAAACUCUUGCCGGAGGCAGAUGAACUGUGCGACGAUGGUGGGGAUGGCAGGGGGGCGGUGGUCCCUGGGACCGGACUCCGGCGACCCACCUACGCACCCUCGGGCAUCGUGCCGCAGAAACACUGGGUGUAUGUGAAACAGGGGGGGACUUGCCCUGCGCCGGCACCCCUGGCUCCCCAAGAUGCGGAUAUGGAGGAGGAGGAGGAGGAAGACCUGGUGUUGACCUGUGAGGAUGAUGAAGACGAAGAGCUCGGGGGUGGCUCCGGGAUCUCAGCGGGGGGAGGGCCUGAAGCUACGCUAAGCAUAAGUGAUGUUCGGACCCUGACCGAGCCCCCAAAUAAGGGGGAGGAGCAAGUCAACUUCUGUGAGUCCUCCGAUGACUUUGGCCCCUAUGAGGGUGGGGGUUCUAGGGCAGGACUGGAUGACUCAGGGGGGCCGACCCCCUCCCACCCUCCAAGGCCCCUGCUUCCCCUGGAUCCGCAGGGCAACCAAAUCCUGGUCUUUCCAUCCUCCUCCUCCUCCUCUUCCUCCUCCUCCUCUCAGGCUCCAGGCCAGUCACCAGGGAACCAGGCAGAGCAUGGGGCAGUGACCCUGGCGGGGGCAUCGGCUGGGGGCUUGGGUGUGCCAGGGAGCACUGGCGGGGCCUCGGGGGGUCCAGGUGGCGGAGAUGGGAAUAAGAUCUUUCUGUGCCACUGUGGGAAGGCUUUCUCACACAAGAGCAUGCGGGACCGCCACGUGAACAUGCACCUCAACCUGCGGCCCUUCGACUGCCCCGUGUGCAGCAAGAAGUUCAAGAUGAAGCACCACCUGACCGAGCACAUGAAAACCCACACGGGCCUCAAGCCCUACGAGUGCGGCGUCUGCGCCAAGAAGUUCAUGUGGCGCGACAGCUUCAUGCGCCACCGGGGUCACUGCGAGAGGUGGCAUCGCCUGGGCGGGGGCGGGCCAGGGGGCGGGGCGGGGCCUGGGCCACCCACAGGGCCAGCCAUGCAGCCCAAGCGAGAGUCCCACCGGGUGGGCGGGGGGAGUGGUGACGAGACGAGUGGGGCCACGCCCCCUCCCAGCCCAAGGGUCUGGUCCCCUACUAGUGUCCACAAGGUGGAGAUGGGCUUCAGUGGCGGCGGAGGGGCAAACUGAGGGGGCAGAGCUAUCGGGGUUAGCUUUGGGGAGAGGGAAUAGGAAGGACGAGGUAGGGUCCCAGGUGGUCUCCCAUCGGCUUCCUUCUCUCGAUGGACUUGUAUAUACUCACUUGUAUAUACCCAGGCGGGAGGACCAAGGUCACUAUUACCAACAUCCGCCCAUUCCACUCUCAGCCAUCCUCUGCUCUGGACAAGUCACCCCCAGAACUCAGCCCUUCCUUCCCCUCACCUGGGCACACCGAAGGCCCCGCUCCACAGAGUGGGGCGAGGUGUAGGGGGCUGGAGUGCGGUGGUUGUCUGUGCCAGACAUCUGUGUUCGUGUUGUGUGGAGACCAGCCCAUCGAGCCCCAUCCUUGUCCUAGAACCUCUCGCUCCCAUAGGAGGAGCCCCCCCCAUCUCUACUCAAGCCCUCUCGUCCCUCCCCCCAUCCCCAGAGGGUUCCCCAAUUCGGUUCUCAGGGGAGGGAGGGGGGAGACAAGGAGGGAGGAAGUAGUGUAGGAGUACAAGGUUUUUAUUUUAAAUCUUAUUUUUUUUAACGGUGAUUAAAAUAUUUAUUGAUCAUUUCACAUGA